AUGGGUGGCGGCUCAGAGGGCCUGGGCCCGACGAGGCGCCUUGCCUGUAAACUUCUCCUUCUUCUUUGUCUUGUUGCAUUGCACGCUGAGCCCGCUUCUGCUGUGUUGCGUCUCCGGAAAUGGGGGUCGACCCCCUCAGUGGGUCUCUUCGCCUCGGAUGCACCACUAGGCGUUGCCUCUGUUGGUCCCACUCCAUCAGCUUCCCUUAGUACGCACGGAUUUUCUACUGCAAACGAACGCAUGAAUGCAAAUGCAGCAGCCGAUUUCAAUAUUUUAAGCACUCGAGAUGGAGAAGAUGCAGUGGAGGAGGCCUCUUUUCAUGAUGCGGGAAACGCCUACAGCCAACUGGAACAAUACAACGAUAGCUCUCUCAACUUCGCGUACAAGAAUAAAGGACCUCAAAAGGGGCUGCUCUUCAGGGGAAGGCGAUCCAAAACAGCAGCAGCAGCAGCAAGUGGUGGGCUGAACACAGAGGGCUUUAGGGGGCUCUCAGCCUUGCAGGUAGCAGCGCAGCUGCGAGACGAACAGGAACAGGGGGACAGCGACGCAGAUAAAGAGACAGAAAAGGCAUCCGAUGAAGAAGAGAAAGAAACUGAUGACAGCUCAGGAGAUGAAGACAGCAGCAAAAGUGCGAGCAGCAGCAGCAGCAGCAACAGCAGCUCGGAGAACUCAGCCGCAGAUCAAGCGAACACUUCAGACACCGAUGUAGCCGACAGCUCCAGCAAAACGUCAGCUCAGGAGGCAGAAGAAACUCCUGAGGCUUCUUCCCAGGCAGCAGCAGCCCCGAAAGCUGCUUCAGCUGAGGGGGAGCAAGGAGAAACGAAAGCAGCAGGAGAGGAGACGGCUGAAGAAGAAGAAGAAAAGCAAACAAAGUCAGAGCAAGCCUCUGAAGCAGAGGCGGCUCCUGAAGGCAAAGCUUCUUCUGCUGAAGCGCAGCAGCAGCAAACAACAGAAACAGCAAAAGAAGCCAAGGAGGGUGGAGCCCCCGCAGCAGCAGCAGCAGGGCCCGAGGCCAGUGCCGAAUCGACCAACAAGAACCAAGGAGAGGCAGCUGCCUCCAGUGCAGAAGUAAGCAAAAGUGAAACUGGCGGGGAGCAAGAGACCUCUCAAGGCGAAAAGGAAAAACCGCAAGAGGAAGCGGAGGGGGAGGAGGAGGGCGAAGGAGGCGAAGAAGAAAAGGGAGGCAAAACGGCUGAAGAGGAAGAAGCGGAACCAUCAGAAAAAGAAACAAAAUCUGAAACGGAGGCGAAAGAGAAGGAAGAAGCGGAAACACAGGAAGAGGCAGAAGAGGCCCCAACUAGCGAAAAAGAAGAGCCCUCAGCCCCGAGCAAAGCUGAGAAGCCUGAGACUAAGCCAGUGCAGCAGCCUCCAAGCGAAGAAGCAACAGAAGCAGCAGCACCACCCCCAACACCAGCAGCAGCAGCACCUGAAGAAGCAGCAGCACCUGCACCAACAACAACGCCAGCACCUGAAGCAGCAGCAAAACCAGAAGCACCGACAACUAAAGCUGAGGCCGCUGCCAGACCUGGAGGUCCAGGGCCGAAGAAGACAGAGGGGGCUGGAGAAGCAGGAAAGGCAGCAGCACCAGAAGGUGCGGCGGCGCCAGCAGCUGAAGCAUCAGCAACUCUGCCACCCGAGGAGAGUAGCCCAGAGAAGGCAGAGGGAUGGGAAGUUUCUGCAAGAAGAAAAGAGGAACUCGAAAAGCCAGCAGAAGGCAAAUGCUAUUCAGACAUCGCGAAGGAAGUGAUUGAUGAAGAAAACGCAUUAAUAAUGAAAGCCACGGAAAACGUGCAUUUCCAAGAAGCUGAGCAGGGUUUCUGUGAUGAGGUGUUUCGGCGAAUCGACGGCCCAUUUUCUUUAAAUGAACUCUCUGCUCUUUUGAGGGCCGCCGAUGUCGCCAACUCCACCCAUAGAAACUUUAGAUAUUGCAGGGCAACAGAGAACAGCAGCCCCCCACGCGUUAUGGACGGCGAUUCCCUGCUGCAUGCAGCGAUAGCCGCGAGGAAGCCCCUUGUGGUGGAGGUGCUGCUGCAGUACGGCGCGUUCCCAGAGCUUCCGGCUAUCCCUCACAAAGAGAGGCCCCAGACACAAAUGGGGGGCCCUCUUCAUGGACUGAAAUCCACUGAGAUGGCGAAUGGGACGCCAAUGCAUGCAGCGGCUCUUGUACAAACUCCUGACAGUGUGGAGGCGAUGGAGCUGCUGCUGCAUUACGGGGCGAAGACAGACAGUAGAGACACCUGGGGGAGAACGCCUCUUAUGAUUGCCGCUUUCCACCCCACUGCUCAUUCUCACGAGUUUAUUAAAAGACUCAUUCUGGCUAAAGCAGAUGUCAAUGCCAAAGACAAAGCUGGCCUCAGCGCUCUGCACUACGCCGCAGCAGCAGACAACUGGGGUGUUGUGGGUAUACUGCUGGAUCACGGGGCGACGGCUGCUGCUGUUGAUUCGCGGGGGAACACUGCGCUGCAUUAUGCUGCAUCUUUCAACUCCUACACCGCGACUCUGCGUUUGCUGGAGAAGGCAGAGCUGGCCCUCAGCAACAUCAACCAAGCAAACUACAGAGGCAAGGCGCCCAUUCACCUCGCAGCAGCCCCAGUGUCCUUCCAAGCCGUUCCCCGCCCUAUUGUGCCUGCUCUUGCCCUCGAAGCUCUUCUCGUUCACCACGCAAACCCUAUGGCCCGAGAUAAAAGUGGGAAUACGCCUCUACAUUUAGCCGCUCAAGGAGGAUAUGUGGAGAUCGUUCGGCGCCUCGUCGCCUUGACUGGGGCUCCACCAGAUGAGAAGAAUGCAGAGGGACUGACGCCUUUGGCGAUGGUGGAAAAGGCGGGAAAAGGCCCCGGAAGGGAGGAAAUAACGCAGUUCUUGCGAGUAUACAGUCAGAAAAGAAGUUGCGUGGAGCCUCCACUGGUGCGGCACUCCACUCGCAUUUUCUCAGACACAAUGUUGGGCCCUUAUAUGCGUGUGGGAGACACUGUGACGUACACCUGCAACCCAGGGUUUACAAUGCUGGGCCACGCAACAGUGACAUGCCACGAAAGAGACGGGAAAAUGGAGUUUGUGCCUUCGGCGCCGUUGUGCGUCCGCACCGUAGAGGAUUUGGAAUAA